UACUCCGACGCGAUAAGGUGUUCCUCGCGCACCGCUUACUUCCUAGCUCGCGUGAAGUGAAAUCCUCAUAAAUAUAAUCACCCGUAAAAAACAAAUGGGCGUCGACAGUGAAACGUGAACUUGUGAAGUGGUGCACCAUUUUCACCGUCGACCAGUUGCGGUGCAAGUUUACAUUCUUUCCGAGUUUCGCACUCGAGAAAGGACCGUAACGUGACAGUUAGCUGUGUUUGUGAUUGGGUGGUAGUUUAAGUGCUAGUCGGCGGCCCGAGAAGAAAUCUGGCCCCGACAUGGAGAGCUACUUCGAUAUCUCCAACGACCUAAAGGAUGUCUGGGACGCGGACAUCGACCCGGAGAUGCAAGAUGUCCUGGACGAGGACUCAGAGAUGAGCGACUGGCUGAUCGAGCGCGACUCGAAGAUGGGCGUGGUACUGCACGAUAGGCUGAUGACAGACGCCGCGAUAGGAGCAGCACCCAUCAAGACAGAACACUCGUAUAGUCUACAUUCUGAUGUGGAGUCCGCGCCGCCCUCACCCAACCAUACCAAAGUUGACGAUAUGGAAGACGAAUGCUACCCCGCGAUCCCCGCAAGCGCGUGGCGCAGCAGGCGGCGGUCCAGCGACUCCCCCCUACCAGAAGUGAAGUCGGAACCCAAGUCUGAACCAGACUCGCCAGCUUCCUCAUGUCCUCCCUCACCGACCCCCGGCACGCCAGUUACACACGUCGACUAUGUUAUUGAUCACACGACUGGUACAAUUCACAUGCCACAAGCAGUUCUACAGAAGGUGGGGGCGGCAGGGGUGCCGCAACUGCUGCUCAGUGCAGCGCCGCGCAUCGCCAACUCUUUAAAUAAUAACAAGCUAUCUAUUAAAGUCACAUCUUCAGGGUCUUCAGGUUUCAACCUGCCGCCCACGCCGCCAUCGUCCCUGUCGUCCUCUGACAGCGAGGGCGCGCUGUCCCCCGCGCACGAGGCGCCCCCCGCCGCGCCCGCGCCCCCCUCCCGCCGCGCGCACCUCUACGUGUCGCACCACAGUCGCCAACCAAUCAACACGCCGCUGAUUAGCAGCCAGCCGAAAGGUUCAACAGGCACACUAGUGUUAACAGAAGAAGAGAAGCGCACGUUGCUGGCGGAGGGCUACCCCGUGCCCACGCGCCUGCCGCUCACCAAGACUGAGGAGAAAUCUCUCAAGAAAAUUAGGAGGAAAAUUAAAAAUAAGAUAUCAGCACAAGAAAGUAGGCGCAAGAAAAAAGAGUACAUGGACCAAUUAGAGAGGAAAGUGGAGAUAUUAUUAUCAGAGAACUCAGAUUACAGGAAAAAAGUGGAUACCCUGGAGCAGAAAAACGCAAGUCUCAUGAGCCAGUUGGCUGCCCUGCAAGCCCUUGUGACGAGGGGCACUCGGAAGUGACGUCAUAACAACAAACUAGUGACGUCAAACCGAUCUUAUCUGCACAGGGACUUAUUGAAUCUGCGUUCUGUAUAUACCACUUCAAUACAAAAUUAAUCAAUUGACGUCACAUUGUCGCGGUUGAUAGUUGAACGGCAAAAUUAAUUGUGAAAUGGGUUUUAUUAUCGCAAGAUGGCAUUCGGGAAGCGGAAUUCUAUUUUUUAAACUUUUGUUAUUAAAUCUGUAGCUUCUUUCACUGCAUUUGACGCCUUUGUACAAAAGCGGAAACUAUGCAGUAUUCAAUGAAUUAUUUUCUCAAGUAUUUCAAUCUAUCUCGGCUGUAUAAUUAGAAUAUUCUCUGUGAACUUUCGCUUCCUAACGUCCGUAAACAUAUGAUAACAGUAUUAUUGCCAGUUCUUAAAGCUAUGUGGUCAUGUAAAUCAGAUAAAAUCUAUGGCUGUGAGAAAAUAUAUAGUAAUGGUGUAAAAUUCUCACAGUUCGCUUAUUUUUUGUAUAAUAUUUGACAACGAUACUGUCCCUUAACUGAAUGUAUAUUUAUAAGGAUGUAUAUUUUGGAUGUAAUUUACAUUUUAUCGAACGUUAUGUAGGUAUCCAAAGUUAAGGACUGUUAGUUUGAAUGGUUGCUCACUAUAUGUUUAGUAAAUAGGUAUUUUGUGGUGCUGGCCAAUUAUACCUGCAUUUUGUCUUUAGGUAUGGUGCCACAGUAGAUAUUAAUAAUAUACAAAUCAGCGCCAUCUGUCGACGAAGCGGCAAUGAAUGAAGACAGGGAAACUUACUGGGCUCUAGAUGAAUGUUUACGUGUGUUGUUUGAAAUCUCGUAAUAUAUUAGUGUCGAACGGCAAAUUAUUUGUAAGUCUUUAUUAUGUGCGUUUAUUCAAUGUGCAAUUAGGUUAAGGGUUUUAUUGUUACCCAGAGCGUACGUGCAUGGCGCUAUGUACUUGCAAGUCUGUUCGCUAUAUUCUUCAUUGUAUGUUUUUAAACUUUAUAAAUUGGCCUAAAUAUUUAUAUUCGUUAUUUAACGCAAAAAUAUAUACUAGAAAUCAAAUAUAAAUUAUUCUAAUAUAUUAGUGAAUUCGUAUUAUAUACUAAAUGUAUGAAACAUCCAAAUGAAAUUUUAUAAGUGUUACCACAUUCUUUAAUGUACAAGAUCGCACGCUGACAUUUUGCGAUAUUUUUGUAAUUUCGUAUGAAUGUCUUGAGUAAUUAUUUAUUUGUGGUACUACUUCGUAGUUUAAUGUGAUUAUGUGGGAGUAAUCGGGAAAUUUAUUAGCAUAAUACAAAGGUAAGGAUUGCUCCUUACCGGUAAACAUUGAAUUCCAUGAAUUUGCAUUUAUAGCGAAAUGUGUAUCGUCCUAGAGAUUUAAACACGUAUUUAAGAUAACUUUAGAUGUAUUUUACUAACGGACCUAUAUGAAGACAGAUUUGUAUGGAAAAUGUUUUCGGUUAUGUCUAGUCUCUCGUAGAAACAGUAGAAUUCUUGUUAAGAGCCUUCAUGUCAGUCUGCGCUCUGUAUAUCGACAAGUACAAAAAUGGCAUGCCUUCGACGAAAAUUAUCUUCAACUAUCCAUUUUAACGUGAACUAAUAAUUUAACAUUUAUUUAAUUUAUUUUCAUCAAAUCUGUUCUUUUGCUGCUAUUUUACUUUAAACAAUUUCGCAUUUGAUAUAAAAUGGAAUCUCGCUGAGUUUUCGUUACGGUCUUGCCAACUUUCAACAAUUUAUCGCAAGCAUUCAGACUUAACAGUGGCUGAAUAAUAUUGAAUUAACAUUCUAAAUAACUGAACAUUCCAUUCUUCAUAACGAGUGACUUAAAGUGAGCUCUAGUACUUAUUAAUAUUAUUAUUUAACAAAUCUAUCAUCUCCGUACAAAACGAUUUUAAUAAACGUAUCACAUAAUAUAUAAAGCAUAAUCAAUGUAACUAUUUAUUUAUAUGGUUAACUUUUUCAAUUGAUCGGCAUAAUAUUCAUAAGUAUUUUACAAUUUGUGCAAUUACCAUGUUCUCUUUUACAUUAUUAGAAGUUCUUCCUAUUUAGUGUAUAAGUAAAUAUUCUAUUUAUAUCGCGCUAACACAUUAUCGUAUGGAUCCCGCUGCGGGGAUAAUUUUUAAAAGAAUUUAUUGAGAUAUAUUUUAAGAGAUUUUUUCUAAUUAAAUUUUAGAAAUAUAUAUGUAUAAACACAGUUUUACGUGUCUGUCGCUAUACAUUUUAGAUAUCUGUGUAGAUUAAAUGUAUCGUUAGUGCAUAUAAAUGUAUGAGGAACAGCAAGUGUGCCUGCCUAAACGUUCACUGACUACCAAUGUAACGUAUCGAUAUUUAGAGUAGCGAUGCGAAAGAGAGGUAUCCUCUGUAAAGCUGAAAUAUAUAUAAAAGUAUUUAACUUGUAGGUAAAAUAUUUAAUUCCUAAUAUGGCAUUUACCGUUUACAGCAGAGUGAUUUGAUCGAUUUAUAUAAAUUUAUAAAAAGUAGUUUAUAUUUUUAACACACCAUAUAUAAUAUGUCAAAGUUGGUGUCGCGGUUCGGUCGACACAAGAAGCUUAUAUCUAAUACACUGGAGAUUGCACUAUGAACGUUGACUUGUCACGGGAAGGUAUGACCUUGAAUGACGCCUGGUUGUUCCUUCAUCUCUUUCACACCA